UCAACAAGUUGCCCAGCCAGACAGGCGAGCAGCAAUUCCAUCGUGUCUUCGUAGCAGCAGGUGGUCACCGCGCGCCCAGCACUUAACCACAGCCUGUUAAUUGGAUUACGCCAAGUUUCCACGACAGAGCCCACGGGCUGAAAUGGACGGAAUAGAUUAACUUUUUCUUCUUUUUUUUGUGAACCAGCCCAGUUCUCUUUUUCUUCUCUCAAGGACGCUGAAAGUGACGCUGUAAAUUGGUAGAUAAGACUUUCUUUUUAGCGGACUGCACGUUUCUGCGUGCCUAGUGCUCUCGUGCUCAAGACUGUUGACAGUUUUUUUUUUAAAAUAUAUUUUUUUCUUUUUAAAGUUGAAGUUAGUACAUUGUUAAUAAUGGCGUUCGGUAGAUUCAGUAAACUAUUUCGUCUACCCACCAUGGAUAUGAAAAAGAAAGCCAAACAGUACGAGCACGUCAAUCGGGACGUCAAUCCCAACGACAUUUGGGAAAUUAUUGGCGAGCUGGGCGACGGUGCUUUUGGAAAAGUCUACAAGGCCAGAAACAAGGAGACAGGAGUUCUGGCUGCUGCCAAAGUGAUCGAGACCAAAUCUGAGGAAGAGUUGGAAGAUUACAUAGUCGAGAUUGACAUCUUGGCUAAAUGUGACCACCGCUACAUUGUCAAGCUGCUUGAUGCUUUCUAUUAUGAGAAUAAACUCUGGAUCAUGAUUGAGUUCUGCCCUGGAGGUGCUGUGGAUGCCGCCAUGCUAGAGUUGGAUCGGGGGCUGACAGAGCCCCAGAUUCAGGUAGUUUGUCGCCAGAUGUUGGAGGCGCUAGACUACCUCCACGGAUUGAAGAUCAUCCACAGAGACUUGAAGGCUGGUAACAUCCUCCUAAUGCUGGAUGGUGACAUCAAACUGGCUGACUUUGGUGUGUCUGCAAAAAAUACCAAAACGUUGCAAAGAAGAGAUUCUUUCAUUGGAACACCAUACUGGAUGGCUCCAGAGGUGGUCAUGUGUGAGACAAUGAAGGAUGCACCAUAUGACUACAAGGCCGACAUCUGGUCUUUGGGAAUCACUCUGAUCGAGCUUGCGCAGAUUGAACCCCCACACCACGAGCUCAAUCCCAUGAGGGUGCUAUUAAAGAUCGCAAAGUCUGAGCCUCCUAGCCUGGAGCAGCCAAAGAAAUGGUCACAGGCAUUUAAUGACUUCCUGCGGAAAUGUUUGGAUAAAAACCCAGAGACUCGCCCAACUGCAGCUCAAAUGUUGGAGCACCCUUUUGUGAAAUCGGUGACGACCAACCGUCCGCUGAGAGAGCUGGUGGCUGAGGUCAAGGCUGAAGUCAUGGAGGAAAUCGAAGACAAUAGAGAGGAAGGAGAGGAAGACGAGGGCAUGGACCUUACUGUGUCCUCAGCCAAGGAGCCAUGCCAGACUAGUCAGACCAGUUUGGAAGGUGACCAGCCCCCGGACACCCCAAGCCCUACCACACCUUCUUCACCUGCACCAGUACCAUUCCCCAGGAAGCUGAACCAGCCAGAUACAUCAACAGAGGAAGAACCAGGCUCCACCAUGGCAGUCCCUGUACCCCUGCCACGGCAGAAUGUCCAUAAGAAAGAUCCAGAUGAGGUGGGAGACAAAAUGGGUGAAAUCCUUGAGAAAUCCGAGUCUGAGAAAUCUGAGAGUGAGUCCUCAACCAAGACUACCUUCUCAGACUCUGGUAUUGAGGAUGGGAAGAGUACACCCACACUUGAGGAGGAAAAGGUUGCCGGAGACACCCCAGAGACAGAACAGCCACCAUCUCUCUUUGAUAUGGAAUCUGAGAGAUCUGAGGAACGUACGAUAAACUUUAUAGGUUCAACAGAACCAGAGGUCCCCAAGAUCCCAGCUAAUGGAGAAUUGCCAACUUCAAGUGGUGUUUCGAUUCCUGUACCUUCGCCUGCAUCUUCCUCUGCUCCCACCCAGGUAGCAAACGGCAGCCUAAUAGAGGAUUCCCCUGAGAAGAAACCAAUGGGAGCAAACGCUGAUCCUGGUUCAUCUUAUCUCAAUGGAGGGAUUAUUGAGCAGUUGUCCUAUUCAGGCAGCAUGGCAUCUGAGAGCAUGGAUUUGUCUGUCCACAGGGAGAACACAUCCAUUAGUGCACGGAACUUUUCAGAUAAGACUCUGAGGCGGACCAGAAAGUUUGUUGUUGACGGUGUGGAGGUGAGUGUGACCACCUCCAAGAUCAUCAGUGACGAUGAGAAGAAGGAUGAGGAGAUGAGAUUCCUCAGGCGGCAGGAGCUGCGCGAGCUCCGUCUGUUGCAGAAGGAAGAGCAGCGAGCCCUGGCUGCUCUGAAUGCCAAACUCGAAACACAAAGGGAACAAAUACAAAGACGUUUUGACCAGGAGAUGAAUACCAAGAAGAAGCACUUUGAUACAGAGCUGGAGAAUCUGGAGAGGAACCAGAAGCAGGCAAUUGAGAAAAUGGAGGAAGAACACAAAGUUAAACUGAAAGAAGAAACCAGGCGUAUCAAAGCAGAACAGGAACGAGACUAUCACAAAUUCCUGGACCAAAUAAAACUAAAGAAAAAGGAGGUAAAACAAUCUGUUGAUAAGCUGCCCAGAAGUCAGCGUAAAGAAACCUUAAAACAGAAGAUGAAUUCCUUCCAAGAAAUGAAGAUGUCAGAGGAAGAGAAAUUCCUUGUAGCUCAGAAAAACUAUCUGCACAUCACACUGAGGAAUAUCAUUUCCAACAACAAGAGAGAGAUUGCAGACCUGGAGAGGGAUUGUCUUAACAAGAAGCAAAGCCUAAUCAGAGAGCGUGAAAAUACGAUGUGGGACAUGGAGCAGAAGAACCUUUAUGAGAAACAUCAGUUGGUGAAGCAGCAGAUGAAAGAUCAGUACUUCCUCCAGAGGCAUCAGCUUCUCAAAAAGCAUGAGAAGGAAAAGGAACAGAUGCAGAGUUACAAUCAGCGAAUGGUUGAGAUCCUGAAAACUAACCAGCAGCUGGAGAAGAGCCGACUGCCUAAGAUUCAGCGCAGUGAGUCAAAGACUCGAAUGACCAUGUUCAAAAAGAGCCUUCGCAUUACCUCAUCGGGCAGUGCUGCAGAGGACAAGGAGAAGAUCAAACUGUUUUCUCAGCAGGAGGAGAAGCGACAGAAGGCGGAGAGGCUGCAUCAGCAGCAGAAGCACGAGAACCAGAUGAGGGAGAUGACUGGUCAGUGUGAAAGCAAUAUCAGAGAGCUGCUGCAGCUACAGAAUGAAAAAUGUCACCUGUUGAUUGAGAAUGAGACUCAGAGGCUCAAAAUGUUGGAUGAGCAACACAAUUAUAUGAUGAAGGACUGGAGGGAACAACUGAAGCCCAAAAGGAAGGCCCUUGAAGAUGAACUGAAUGCCAGGAAAAAGGAGCAGGAGGCUUUUUUCAGGAUGAGUGAGAGUUCCGACUGUCCAAACCCCAGUUCUCCCAACAGAGUCUCCAAAUUUAUGCCGUAUCAAGAUGAGACUACCACAUGAGAACAGAUGCUGUGACAUUACACAAUAUUAUCUUCUGCCCACUAAUGUAUACACACCCACUGGUACCAUUGCCUGCUGGCCUUCUUUUUUUUUUCUCUUGCUUUACCAGUAAUGGCAGAAUACUGAUCCUUCCAUUAGGUUUCUUUAUUGUUUUAGUAAAUAUUUAUGUUUUUAUUCAUGUUCUGAUGUGCGUCAUUAGACACCCUGACAUAAUAUCUACUCCCAUACAGUGUUUGCUUUCUUUUUCUUUUCAAGCAUGCUUCAGAUUUCUCAAUAAUGUGAUACAAAGGCCAUUUAUUGGGGUGAGCCAAUAAAUACCAAAUUAUCUGUUUUAAUGAUUAAAUAUUCAGAAAAACCACCUUAUGAUUAGGCAACAGGUUUUUUUCCAAAGCACCCAGCCAGAGAUCAUUUUUUCCACGAUAACAAGGAAUGCUAUAAAUAUUAACGACCUAGUAAAUGAGUACUUGCUUACCUUAAUUUUUCAAGGUUAUCUUUCAAAUAAGACCAAAAACUCCUCUAGAAAUGUUUUGAUUUACUGAAUCUUUUUUUUUUUUUUUUUAAUUUCCUGUUCUCUGUGCCUUACU